CUUCAAACCAAUUGCUGACGCCGUCUGGCUGAAGCUAACGACAAACGCACGACCUCAUAACUUUGUAACUAGUAGGCUAAUAUCGUCAACAAUUAAUACUAAAAGAUGUCCCGGGAACAGCUGGCUGUACAGCGGGCCAGGAAGUCCUUCCAGACAGGGAAGAGCAAGCCUCUGGAGUACAGGAUCCACCAGCUGAAGAGCCUGCUCCGCUUCAUCACAGAGAGACGCAGGGACAUAGCAGAUGCUGUCAAAAAGGACCUCGGCAAGAGUGCAAAUGGGACGGAGCUGUUUGAGACCCUGGGACUGGAGGGAGAGAUCAAGCUGGCUAUAGAGAAGCUGGCAGAGUGGGCGGCUCCUCGGCCGGUGGAGAAGAACCUCCUCACCAUAACUGAUGAGGUCUACGUGCAGCCGGAGCCUCUGGGGGUGGUGCUCAUCAUCGGGGCCUGGAACUACCCCUGGUCUGUCACCCUGCAGCCGCUGGUGGCAGCCAUCGCUGCUGGUAAUGCAGCAAUAAUAAAGCCGUCAGAGGUCAGCUCUAACUCGUCCAAGGUCAUGGAGGAACUCCUCCCUCAGUAUCUAGACAAAGAUCUGUUCCCAGUGGUGACGGGCGGAGUGUCAGAGACCCAGGAGCUGCUGAAGCAGAAGUUUGACCACGUCUUCUACACAGGCAGCAGCACCGUGGGUAGAAUAGUGAUGGAAGCCGCGGCUCGCCACCUCACCCCAGUGACCCUGGAGCUGGGGGGGAAGAGCCCCUGCUACAUCGACAAGAACUGUGACAUCAGUAUGGCAUGCCGUCGCAUCACCUGGGGAAAGUUUGUGAACUGUGGCCAGACGUGCAUCGCUCCUGACUUCGUCCUCUGUGAACCCUCCAUCCAGAGCAGAGUGGUGGAAGAGAUCAAGAAAUGCAUCAAGGAGUUUUACACAGAGAAUCCCGAAACCUUUGAGGACUACGGACGCAUUAUAAACCAGCAUCACUUUAAGAGGCUCAUGGGUCUGAUGGAGGGGAGCACAGUGGCUGUGGGUGGAGGCAGCGAUGAAUCCCAGUGCUAUAUAGCCCCCACUGUGUUGCAGGAUGUGACGGGGGAGUCCAAAGUGAUGAAGGAGGAGAUCUUUGGGCCGCUGCUGCCCAUCAUCACUGUGAGCGGUGUGGACGAGGCCAUCCAGUUUAUUAACGAGAGAGAAAAACCUCUGGUCUUAUACGUCUUCUCCAACGACAACAAGCUGAUCAAAAGAGUGAUAGCAGAGACGUCCAGUGGAGCUCUGCUAGCUAACGACUGUCUGGUGCACUUCACUGUUAGCGCUCUGCCUUUUGGAGGAGUUGGUAACAGCGGUAUGGGAUGCUACCACGGCCUGCACGGUUUCAACCAGCUCAGCCACCUGCGAAGCUGUCUGAUCAAGCAGCUGAACAUGGAGGCAUUCAACAACAUGCGCUACCCCCCCCACACAGACAAAAAGCUGGGCUGGGCGCGCUUCUUUCUGCUCAAGCAGCUGAACGUGGGCCGGCUGCGGCGCAUGGCCCUGCUGGCCGCGCUGGCCGGCCUGGCAGCGUUUGUGGUGCAGGACAGCAGGAUCAGUUGGAGAUGCUGGGAUGAGAGGAAGAUAGCCAAUGAUACUGGCCGGUCUGUGUGGGUGGAGGUCUGCACAGAAGACAGAAAAGCCAGGCAGUCCUGCUUCUGCAUCUGGAGGAACAUCCAGCAACUCUGAAGUUGUAACCAUUCUUGCUAGGCGCCACAUAAGUAACAGGUCUUCAGCUGUGCCAUCUGAGGAAGUAUCCAGACUCUCUAGCUUCUCAAUAUGCUCAAGUGACCUGGACCUCUGCCUGUCUUUAGCGGAGACGUGACACAUGGGAGCAGGUAGGUCAGUAACAUCAGAGAGAGUCUUCUUUCUGUCCGAGGUAGAAGUGGGGAGUCUGGCACCCUCCUGGACCUGCACAAUCUUUUGGUUUUCAAUUAUGAUUGCAGUGGUGGCAUUAAAACUCCCACCCUCCAGUGUCUUCUUCUUCCAGUCCAGAUUGUCCAUGGCAAACACAUGGGAGAUCUCGCUGUUUUUCAUCAUGGUCUCUGGGAUGUAAACACCAUCAGUUUCAACCUGCUGCAUUACCUUCUCACUUUGUGCUGUUAGCUGACACUGCAUACGUUCAUAACUGAUCCCAAGCCCCAAUCUGUUAUUCAUCAUAAUGAGUGAUUUACUAAUAAAUAAAUUAUAAAUUAAUAAUAAAAUAAAUUGCUCUUUUUGUCAUUUCACAGUACAGGUACUAUGUAACGAAAUUGUUCCUCUGCAUUUGACCCAUCCUAGUGUUAGGAGCAGUGUGCUGCCAUCAUGUCCGGCACCCGGGGAGCAGUGUAGGGAAUGGUGCCUUGCUCAGGGACACCUCGGUAGCACUUGGUCUUGCCGGGACUCGAACUGGUGACCUUCCAGUUGCCAAGCCAAGUCCCUAUCGACUUCGCCACCACCGCCACGGCUCUUAUGUGUCUGGUUGAAUAAGUGAGGUUCCUGCAGUGGGGCUGAGGAGCAGACCCCGGGGCCCGAGUUUGACCCCGCUGCUGCAGGGGAUCCUGGGACAGCCACAUGGACUUCCUGACUGAUACAGCACUCUUGUGAUUUACUGGUCCAUCACAUUUCAAAUUCACGUAGACUGACAUUGGUCCUUUAAAUAUAUGUUUUUAUGGCAUUUCACUUCUCUUCAGCUGCUAAUAAUGUUUUUAUUGUUUUACAUCAAGUUUGUAGCACUUUUAUGUGUCAUAUUUAUAUUUAACCUGGAGAGUUUUUCUUUAGAUUAUGAAAUUAUAAAACAUUCUACCACUGCUAAUAUAACUCUGUAGCAAUGAUGCAUGUCUACGGUGGCCAACAGGUUCAAACGCGUUACAGCGGCCCAACAUGUUUUCUUAAUUUGCUUGUGUUUUGCCCUGUUGUGCUUUUAUAUUUGGAUUGUAACUGCAGCACGUUUCUCCUAAUGUAAAUGUUUUGGGCCGUUUGUAACCUGUUUGCACCUGUCGGUCACCAUACAUUUCACUACAAAAUGAAAAUCUAUUCACAAACUAACUACCUUUAACAUGGUAAUCCAUCACAGUGUGAAUAUCUUGUAUGCUUUUAAUGAAGACAGUUGUAUUGUGCGCCACAGUGCAAUUAAACAUUUUUAAACAAAA